GCUGUUCCUGUGGGCCUGGUCCAGCGGCCAGCGGCUGCGGCCGUGGUAGGGACGCCGUGGGUGAGCUGUUUUUGGAAAGAAGAAAGAUGGAAAGUGGUGCAGUUCUGCUGGAAUCCAAAUCCUCUCCAAUGAACCUUCUGCAUGAGAUGCAUGAGCUCCGCCUCUUGGGCCACCUGUGCGACGUCACGGUCAGUGUGGAGUAUCAGGGUGUCCGCAAAGACUUCAUGGCCCACAAAGCAGUGCUGGCAGCCACCAGCAAGUUUUUUAAGGAGGUAUUCCUGAACGAGAAGAGUGUGGAUGGCACCAGGACUAACGUGUACUUGAAUGAGGUGCAAAUCGUUGACUUCGCUUCCUUUCUGGAGUUCGUCUACACGGCCAGGGUGCAGGUGGAGGAGGACCGGGUGCAGCGCAUGCUGGAAACGGCCGAAAAGCUCAAGUGUUUGGACCUGUCUGAAACGUGCUUUCAGCUAAAGAAACAGAUGCUUGAGUCUGUCCUUUUGGAAUUACAGAAUUUCUCAGAGUCUCAGGAGACAGAGGCAAGCAGUGUCCCCCAGGUCAGCGGGGCACCGGCCUCCAGGACGAGUGUACCUGAGGACAGUGGUCUCUCCAAUGGCCUUGUGGAUUCCUCUGACUACGCAGGGGAGAGGAUCACCAACGGUCUCCCACCAGACGUGCCACCCAGGAAGUGCAAGGAGAAAGUGGAGAAGAAGAAAGAUGUGUUGAAGCCCCCCUACCCCAAAAUCAGAAGAGCUAGUGGGAGGCUGGCUGGCAAAAAGGUGUUUGUAGAAAUCCCUAAAAAAAAGUAUACAAGACGACUCCGAGAACAGCAGAAAAGUGCCGAAGAUGCUGCAGGGGACUACCCGUGUCCCCAGGACCAAAGCCCAAACCAGGUGGGGACAGAGAUGGAGCCAGCUGCACAAAGUGAGGCUUGCCACGCUAGUGCCAGUGUGGAGCCGGAGGCCACGUUGCCCAAAGCGGCCGGGGAGGGCGAAGAGGAAGAGGAAAGGGAAGAGGAGGGGGAGGAUGGAGAGAAGAAGAAGAGUAACUUCCAGUGCACCGUGUGUGAGAAGGCCUUCCUGUAUGAGAAGAGCUUUCUGAAGCACAUCAGACACCACCACGGCGUGGCCACCGAGGUGGUGUACCGCUGCGACACCUGCGGCCAGACCUUCGCCAACCGCUGCAACCUGAAGAGCCACCAGCGCCACGUGCACAGCAGCGAGCGCCACUUCCCCUGCGAGCUGUGCGGCAAGAAGUUCAAGCGCAAGAAGGACGUGAAGCGGCACGUGGUGCAGGUGCACGAGGGUGGCGGGGAGCGGCACCGCUGCGGCCAGUGCGGCAAGGGCCUGAGCUCCAAGACCGCGCUGCGGCUGCACGAGCGCACGCACACCGGCGACCGGCCCUACAGCUGCACCGAGUGCGGCGCCAAGUUCUCCCAGCCUUCGGCGCUCAAGACCCACACGAGAAUUCAUACAGGGGAAAGACCUUUUGUCUGCGAUGAAUGUGGUGCAAGAUUCACUCAGAACCACAUGCUGAUUUAUCACAAAAGGUGCCACACAGGUGAAAGGCCUUUUAUGUGUGAAACAUGUGGCAAGAGUUUUGCUUCUAAGGAGUACUUAAAGCACCACAAUAGAAUCCAUACUGGAUCCAAGCCCUUCAAAUGUGAAGUGUGUUUCAGGACUUUUGCCCAGCGGAAUUCACUUUACCAGCAUAUCAAAGUCCAUACAGGAGAACGGCCCUAUUGCUGUGACCAGUGCGGGAAGCAGUUCACCCAGCUCAAUGCUCUCCAGCGCCACCAUCGCAUCCACACGGGAGAGAAGCCGUUCAUGUGCAACGCGUGUGGGCGGACAUUCACCGACAAGUCCACCCUCAGGCGGCACACCUCAAUACACGAUAAGAAUACUCCAUGGAAGUCUUUCCUUGUUAUUGUAGAUGGCUCACCCAAGAACGAUGAGGCACACAAGACAGAACAGCCUGAUGAAGAAUAUGCGUCGCCCAAACUUUCAGAUAAAUUGCUGUCUUUUGCUGAAAACAGCAAUUUUCAUAGCCUGUCUGAAGCUCAAGGCAGCGUGCCUGCUGUACAGAGUGGUACCGCAGAUAGCAGCUGCAAGGGGGACAAUGCUGUGGUGUCCCAGGAGGCUCUUCUUGCCACCACCAUCAGCGAGCUUAGCGAGCUGACUCCUCAGGCAGGCCCGUUGCCCACACACCUUCCCUCACUGACCAACAUGGAGUAACUGCUUGAAGCUGUGUGCCAGUCUGCAUGACUGCCGUGUUCCAGGUGAUUCCAGGGGCUGAGGACAGUAAUUUUGUGCAAAGCUGUGGACAAGAAUGGCCUUGCAGAUAUUCCUGAACUUCCACAGCCUUGCACGCCUAUCACAUUCUAAAGCUUCCCCCUAACAAUUCAGGUCUGCAUGAGCUCGGCUACAUUUCGUCAGUAAAUAUGGCAGUUAGCAUGAGCUCACUUAAUGCUGGUGUAGAUGUAUGUGUUCAUCAUGCUAGUGCUCAGUUCCCGAUGGCUAAACCACUGCUCGUCUUAAUUGCAGAAUACACAGCAUUGACCCAGCUCAUGAAAGUGCUGUUCAUAGUCUUCCUGCCUUACACUCCUGUGUUUACUUUGCUGGUUCAUUUAACAAGCUGAAGUAAAAUCGGGGCCAUGUAAUUCCAGCUUUUCUUCCUUGUGAAAGCCAGUCAGAUUUACUCUGGGGACCUAAGAAAUGAAUUUUUACAUUCAUUCCUCCCCAACUUCUUAUUUGUCCAAGUUGAUAGGAAUGGCCACGUUUCCAACAUGUAGCCUAUCUCUAACUCAGCACAUGUGCAGUCAGAGUCUGUCAUGAGAAUCCACUUAUGUGAUGUGGCUGUUCAAUUCAUUCCCCCAAACCAGACUAGGUAAAAGCUGUCCUACCAAAGAGUCUAGCAAAAAUAGUGUAGUACUUUCUGCAGAGGUGUGAGAAACGAAGCAGGAUGCUUCAGAGCACUUGGGUAGUCACUUUAUUUACAAGUAGCAAAAUGAGGUGAUUGUGGCAAAUCUUAAGAGUAUUAGUACUUUUGCUAGGUUUUUCUGGGUUGAUUUCUGUAAUAUCCGGAGUGCCAGAACUUUCCAUUUCUACAAUGGGAAGCUGAUGCAGGCUAGUAAUUGCCACGAGCCUGCCUCCUUGGGAGCAUGUGAGAACCUAGACGGGACCAGAAGCCUAGGCAUGCUCAUUUUCUGACUAUGCCUUAAUGAGUGGAUGAUACAACCAGUAAUUUGUCUUAAUUCUUCCUUUGGCUGUCUCAUGCUGGAUUUAAUUAUUGCUAAAAAGAAUUACUAUGGAAAGGAUCUGGUUGUGUUUGCUGUUGCUGGCGAAUGGUGGUUACAGGGCUUUUGGUGCGUGGCCCUGUGCUUGUUGAUGCUUUGAUUUCUAUGUAACCCUUUAAAUACAUUAAUUUCAAGAGAGCGCCUUAAAGGGAAAUGAUUUUUGUUUGUUCUUGCCCCCCACCCCAUUUUUAAUUUAUUGAAGUUGCUGUGAAAACACUUUGAUUUUCUAAGAGGAAGGUACCCUGUCCUUAAGUUCCAGGAUGAAGAUAUAGCUGCACUAUGACAGAAACGGAUGGUUUCUUCCCCAGCGCUCAUUUUGUGGUAACUCUUAACACCUUUAAGCCACUGGGUGUUUCGGGGCGCUGAUAACAAUACUGGCUCUUGAAGGUCACAGGACUGAGUUACUUCAAAUUCAGUUAUGACCUUGUCAUCGUAUCCUAGUUGUUUACAGAACAAAAAGCUAGUGACUGUCACAAGAUCAUUUUAAUUGGUGUAAAAGAGUGUUCGAACCUGCCCAGCAUACUGUGUUAUGGAAUAAAGUCAUUUUGAGGAGGAUUUAAGCAAUAGAUUAUUUUGUUACCUACUGGAUGAAUUUUUGUCUUGAAUUUGUGUCUUUAGAAGUUCUACAUGAAAUUGUUUAAUGUGUUAAUAAAUGUCUGCUUUGUAAAAGA